ACAGGUGCACCACUCAGCUAGCUGAAGCAUCUGUUGAUACCUAGCUAGCUAUAAAGUUGUUCAAAACGUUAAAGUGACAUUUGCAGGUACUUUGCUGCUUUACUGCUACACGAGGUUAAAUAUGACAGACGGAUAUACCUCCUACCUGUUGAAAUACACAGACAGGUGUCCAAACAUACCCACGGCAGGGAAGCCUAUUGUUGAAGGGGACAGAGCCAAGUCCUGCUUACAAGAGGAGGAGAGGGCCUCCACCCCACCGGGGGUAAGGAAAUUCCGCACCAGCAACCAGCCAGAGCCAGGAGCUAUCAGAGUGCACCAGGGGAGGGCAAAUGAUCCAGAUGUUGCCAGCACCCUUGUUCAUGGCAUCAGCACCAAAUCUUGCCUCACUAGCAGAAGCUUGCUAAAUCCUCCCCAAAAGACCUUUUUCCAGCAGAAGUUGCAAAAGCUCAGUGAAGCAGCGUACGCCUCCAGUCAAAAGGCACCGUUGGGGAGGUCACAUGAGCUGCAUGUUGGACUUCCCGCCUUGUACAAUUACAAUACUACAUAUGGUGUGAAGACAGUUAGAGGGUUGGAUGUGCGUGAGAUUGUUAACCCUUCAAAAUCAGUAGAAGAGGUGGAGAAGGAAGCUCAGGAGGGACACGAGACUUACCUUCGCACCCACAACGCCUAUUUUGUUGGUGAGAGGAUUGAUAGGAAGUACGACUGGAGUCACUACAGUAAAGACAGCAGGUUUGGGAUCCUCACACCUCAUUUCAACGACGGACGUAAUCUUGGCAAAACCCUCCACUGGCUGGGGGAGACAAAGAAGUUUUACAAUCCAAAGACUGCUUGGAAGAGAUCUGGGACCAUGGAACAGAUGGCAACACAAAUGGGAAAAACGACGAACAAAGUGAGAGGAUAUACCUUGACUCCUCCACCAGAUCACACCUUUGGAAAAAUCUUGCCGCCGGAUGAAUUUGGUGUUGGAGCUAUAAUCCACUCUGCAGAGCCAGGCCAGUACGCGAGAGGUAGAGAACGACAGCGCAGCCUGGUCAACGCAGUGCAACACCGCCUGAAGAAGGUCAACUUCCACAACUUCCCCUCCUUGCUGCAGGCGUUCAGACAUUAUGACAAGGCAGGCAAGGGAAGGAUUAACAAAGAGGACCUGCAGGCAGUGUGUCGUCAGUUCCAGCUGGACGUGAGCAGGCCGGUUCUGGACGACCUGAUGGACUACUGUGACACAGACAAGGACGGACUUAUCAACUUCCUGGAGUUUGCUAACUUCCUCAACUGGAAGGACAAGAUGCCCAUCAACAGUCGAGAGCAAAGCCUUAUGACGAACGAGCUUCAGACCAGCAUGGAACCAGACAACAAAGAGAGGAAGCCUCAGUCAGAAUCACCACAGCUUCCUGUCUCUCAGGCCUUAAUUAAGCCUGAGGACCUGGAGCCCAUUAAGCCAGGCAGCUCACUGAAGACCCCCAGGACCUUGAGGCGACCCAAGGCAGCACCAGACCACUUCGUGACCUCCUCCACCCUCGUCGGGUCCGUCAGUGAUCCGCCUGCAUCCGACGGCCGCAUCUUUGGGAUCCCGUCUGUGCGCUCCGACCUUCCAGCUCCACAAAUAAAGAGAGUCAGUGACAAAAACAACUAUGGCGAUACAUCCACGGCUGCAGAUCUUCUGCAUCCGUCAGUUCACGCCCUUCGGGGUGUUCACGAGAAACACUUCUUCUGUCCUCGCACCAAGAAAGAGAUUGCAGAGAUCUUCAGGAAUGUGGGUGUUGAUGUUUCUGAGGAGACGUUCGAGGAAGCCUGGAAGCUGGCGUCCUUGAAGCAUCCAGCCGGGGAGGUUUGUGUCGAGGUUUUCCGUAACGUACUCAAGGAAAUAAAAGCAAUGUGAUACUCAAGAUAUUUUUACCGGAACAGUGUUUCCUCAUCGCUGUCUAAACAAUAUCCCCGCAAG